CAUCUCCUAUUCAUCUGCGCCUGCCUUUAUAGCACCGACGCUCCAUUACUUGCUUUACCCGUUAUCGUCCCACCCACCAGGCCUAUCUCCAAACCGCCUUUCUCCUCCUUUCUCUCUUCCUCUCAUUCAAACACAACUUCAACGUUCACGAUGCGUCCAUUCUGCCUCCUCGCAAUCCUCGCCGUCCUCCUUCCUCUGGCCGCCGCUGCACGCGGUGGUCUUGCCGGCGGGUGGAGCCCGAUCAAAGACACCAACGACAUCCACGUGAAGGAGAUUGCCGAGUUCGCGAUUUCGGAGUACAACAAGCAAUCCGGGAAGAAGCUGGAGUUACAGAGCGUGUUGAAGGGCGAGACCCAGGUCGUCGCCGGCCAGAACUACCGGCUCGUCCUCGCUGUCAAGGAUAAGUCGGCGGCGGCCAAGUACCAGGGCGUUGUUUAUGAGCGUGCUUGGGAGCAUACCAGAAAAUUGCUCUCCUUCGAUCAAGUCAAGAAUUAAUCAAUGCAUGUUGAUCCAAUCCGGUCGGUGAUUCGGUCAUGUCAGUAUCUUCAAGUUUACUGUAUUUCUUUUAUUUUUCGUUAUUGUAAUAAAGGAAUACUAUAGCUUAUUUAAAUAUUCAGACUCAAUGUUCUUGAUGUAUUGUCUGGGAAUUUUCUGCAUCUAAUAUCUUUUAUUUUCAUA